AUGCAAAGACGUGCUUGGGUUGGGCCAAAAUUUGGGUUGGGUUUGGAAUUGCCGUGGAGCCCCACAGAGCAGCAGCAGCAGCAACAGCAACAUCAGCAGCAUUACGCCUCUCUUUCUCUAAAUCUGAAGCUGAGUUGUGGCUUCUCUAAGAAUUUGCUGAAGCUGUUAGAGGGAGAAGUGGAUGGGGAGAUCUGUUGA